GAACUAAACUUGUCCAAAUCCUCAAACCUCAGUUUCCACUCCUUUGAUUACGCGUUGAAAAACUUUGAUUUAUCUUCGUGUUCCCGCCGACCCUCUUCUCUCUCUCUCUAGAAAAAAGAAAAAGAGACUUUGAAUGAAAACUAGAUUGAGUCUCUUUUAAAAACAAACCAAACUCAUAAUCUCUCACUAUGUCCUUCUUCUUGUGAAGAAGAAGUUCAGAACAAUAAAAGCAAAGCAGUCACAUAACAUAACACCCUUUCUCUCUCUAAUGGCCAAGUCCAAGAACAAUGCCAAGAAGAUGUCUUACAUAUCAGUUCCUUCUCAGAUCAUAAACUCCAUAUCAUCUUCUUCUCUUCAAUCUCUUCUUGACUCUCCCAAGAAGUCUUCAAGGAACACUAACAGGUUCUUUAUCUUCUUCACAAACAGCAUCUUCAGGAGUCCUAGACUGUGGUUUUCCACACUCUUUCUCUUUGGUUUCUUUGGCAUGCUCAAGUUUGGCCUCAUUCUCCCCACCCCAUUUUCUUCCUACCCAUGUGCCACAACCCUGCCUCGGAGCCUGAUCUCAAACCCGCCUUCAAAUUCCAACCUUGGUGUUGUGAGAGAGCAAAAAGAUGAGAUUUUGAAGAAUGACCCUUUGGUGGUUUCCCUUGUGGAACUGAGGGCACAGGGAUUGGACACAGUGGAAGGUGAUGAGGGCGUUGAGAAGAGUGAGUUUUGGAAGCAGCCAAAUGGGUUGGGAUACAAACCUUGCUUGAGUUUUAGCAGGGAUUAUAGAAGAGCAAGUGAGGGGGUUCUAAGGGAUAGGAGAAAGUACCUCAUGGUGGUGGUUUCUGGGGGGUUGAAUCAGCAGAGGAAUCAGAUUGUUGAUGCUGUUGUCAUUGCUAGGAUUCUUGGAGCUGCUUUGGUUGUUCCUAUAUUGCAAGUCAAUGUCAUUUGGGGUGAUGAAAGUGAAUUUGGUGACAUAUUUGACUUGGAGCACUUCAAGAGAGUUCUUGCCAAUGAUGUGCGAGUGGUGUCAGCAUUGCCAUCAACGCACCUAAUGACAAGGCCAGUGGAGGGGAGUCCUCCUCUUCAUGUCACUCCUAGUUGGAUCCGUUCAAGAUAUCUCAGAAGAUUCAACAGAGAAGGUGUUUUACUCUUACGUGGUUUGGAUUCAAGGCUGUCAAAGGAUCUUCCUUCUGAUCUUCAAAAGCUUCGAUGCAAGGUUGCUUUCAAUGCAUUAAGGUUUGCUCAGCCGGUUCAGGAACUUGGUGACAGGAUUGCAGAGAGAAUGAAGAGCAAGGGACCUUACCUUGCUCUUCAUCUAAGAAUGGAAAAGGAUGUGUGGGUGAGGACUGGAUGCCUCCCUGGUCUGAGUCCUGAGUUUGAUGAGAUUAUUAACAAUGAAAGGAUACAGCGGCCGGAGCUCCUAACUGCAAGAUCAAACAUGACUUACCAUGAAAGGAAGAUGGCUGGUUUAUGCCCCUUGAAUGCUGUGGAGGUUACCAGGCUGUUGAAAGGUCUAGGAGCUCCAAAGAAUGCAAGAAUUUAUUGGGCUGGAGGGCAACCCUUGGGUGGAAAAGAAGCCUUGCUUCCAUUAAUCCAAGAAUUCCCAAAUUUUUAUAGCAAGGAGGAACUUGCCUUGCCUGGAGAACUACAACCAUUUGCAAAUAAGGCUUCCAUAAUGGCUGCCAUAGAUUACAUAGUCUCUGAGAAGAGUGAUAUUUUCAUGCCAUCUCAUGGGGGAAACAUGGGCCAUGCAAUUCAGGGUCACCGGGCAUAUGCUGGUCACAAAAAAUAUAUAACCCCAAACAAGAGACACAUGCUCCCAUAUUUUCACAAUUCGUCCCUCUCUGAAGAAGAGUUCAACAGGAUUAUCAAGGAGUUGCACCAAGACUCAUUGGGGCAGCCAGAACUUAGAACUUCCAAGGCUGGGAGAGAUGUUACCAAGUAUCCUAUUCCUGAGUGCAUGUGCAAUGAUGACUGACAUGCUCCAUCAUGAUUUACAAAUUAAUGCCAAAGUUUGUGGCAUAAAAAGCUACUUGGCAAUUAACAAGGAAGUGAGUGCUAUUAUCAAAAAGAUGAGCAAUUUUGAUCCCUUUGGAACCACUUCAGGGAAACUAUGGGAGUUAUAACUUCUGAGCAUCCAUCUUUUACUACAUAUCAUGUCAAGCACUCCUCAUCAUGCAGGUGUAUCAUUAUUCCUUGAACACGUUUAUGUCUGGCAAUGUACAUUUCCAUCAUCAGUCAAAUGAUAGAUUCAAAAUAAUACACAACAGCAGAUCAUUCUUUGAUUUUUUUCUUUAUAGAGAUUGUAUAGGAUACAUGUCCUCUUUUGCUGUGUAAUUCUUUUUAUCAACAAUAUGAAGACUAGUUGAUAUUUGUAUAUAUAAUCAUUUUUGGAUUCCUGUCA